AUUUUGUUGAGAAAAAUGAAGACAAAUUGGAUCUACUUUCUGGUAACAGUAUACAUUACAACUUACAAUGUUAACGCUGACUACAGAUACAAACUUCGAGGUCCACCUUUACCCCCAAGACCCCCUGCACCUCCAAUGUUCCUCAAAAAAUGGCACAUGAAUCCACGAUUACCACCAAUACGUGCCUACUACAAUCGACCAAUCGUAGCAUUACCCGCAUUUCCCAUAUACAAAGCACCAGGCCCCAUAAUCCCAAAUAAUAUCCAUCGUCCAAAAAUCGUUCAACCACCAUUAGUGAUCCCAACAACCGUUUGGAAGUCACCAAUCAUUGACACCUACAAACCACCGAUUGUGGCUAAACCACAAUUUGUUCAUGUAGCACCGCAACAAGCAAAUCUUUUGCCAGAAUAUGAAUAUCAUAUUUCAAAACCGGAACCAAUCGAAGCACCAAUUCAACAGCCUCAUACGAUUAAACAAAUCGAUGAGAAAGGUCCAAUUCACACAAUACCAGCACCGAAUCUAAGUUUGGCUGAUAAACCAAUUGUCGUCGCUGAAUUACCACAAAAUAAUGUCGUUCAAACUAUUCCAUCACAAGCUUACCAAAUAUCCGCCGUUCAUAAUGAUUUGAAUGGUCAAAUACAGUAUCAAGUUCAGGAACCAAUUCAAACUCAUGGAUUUGAUCAUCACGCUCAUAAAUACUAUGCACCUGAUCCAGAUCCAAAUGUUCCUGGACAUCCAAUUCCACCAGCCGUUGAUCCAUUCUCACAACCAAGUAACGGUAAACCCGGACCAAGUGAUUUGUACACGGGCGCAGAUCAUCCAACAAUUGAGGCACAACAACAAUUAGCAUCGCAAGAAAUUCUACAACUUCUCCAAGGUUAUCCUCAACAGCAACAGUUAGUUGAUACGUAUGGACUUCCGUUGGCACAACAGCCUCAAUUGCAACAACAUUUACUCCAGCAACAGGUUCAACCAAAUCAACAUGAAAACGUUCAAACACAAGGUCAUGGUCAAUUGUUUGUUCCUGAACCGAAUUACUUCGCCCAACAACAACAAACCACACAAGUUCCACAACAAUAUGGACAUCAUGAUUUCCGUCCCGAAUAUCAAACAUUCAACUACGAUGAGCAAACCAAGCAAAAUAGUGUACCCAGUAGUAACGGUUUUGCAUACUCCGAGCAAAACUUCAACCUAGAAACAGCUGGAUCUAAUCGUAUACACUCAACAGCCACACGACAUACUCAAGGAUACGAACAAAAUUACUUUCCACAAAAUGUGGAUCCCUUAGUCGCGUCAAACAUUGUUGACACUGGUUACAAUCAAAAUAUUAAUUUAGCAAAUGUCCCAGAUUCGGCUUCGGUGUAUGCACAAAUGUUACAAAACACAAAUAAUGGAGGUCCCUUACAUUAUACGACAUUGCCAAAUCGUGAAACAGCCGAAACGUUAGCUUCGCUGCAUCAAUCGGGACAAAUUUUAUCCAAACAUAAUCACAAUGACCAAGAUAGUUCGUCGAGUAACGAUAAUAAAGAAUAUACACCAAUGCGAAUAGUUGUACCGGACGAAAAUGAGGAUCAAGAUCAAAGUUUAGAUGAUGCUGAACCGCAAGCAUCGAAUACAAAUGAAGUGAUUCUACCGUUCGAGCAAAAUGAUCGAAAUGAUCAUUCCUCGCAACAAGAUAGCUCAAAUCAAAAUGAAUCAAACACACAUGAUAAUUACGAUUAUGAAGAUUAUAAUCAAGAAAAUGAGGAAAGUUUAGACGAUGUGGAUAAUUUAACAGAAAAAGAGCAUGAAAAUAAUGAGAAAUUAACGUUUGGAGCACGAAUACAAACGAAAAAUAAAACAUGAACACGGCAAAAACACUAAACGAGAAAUUUUACUUAAGUUUUAGAUAAAUAGAAAAUCAAAAAGUGCUUACAAAAUUACUUAACGGCAAUUCGAUUCAAAUAUUAGAGGUUUUCGUAAGGCUGCUAUUAGUUGUUAAAAAAGUUUUGGAUCAAUUCGCAAAUGUUUCAGAGUUGUGUCACAUCAUAUUAAAAUGGCUUCGUACGAAAACUUUUAAUUUCGUUUAUUUUAUUUAUAGCCUACACGUAUUUUUAUACUUUUUUUUUAAAUCGAAAAUGGUUCAAGUGAUAUUUUAAAGAAUGUGAAAAUAAGUUCAAAAACUAUUUAUUUAUUACAAAUUUCUGAAAUAGUUUUAAGA